UUGUGCUAUUUUUAAACAUAACAUCUCGCCAGAUUUGUGACUAAUUUAUGUCAUAAUUUCUGUUAAAUCUGUAGAACGUUUUUAUCUAAUUCAAAUUGCCUUCGAUGCGGUUGUUAGGACAUUGUUGUAUAGUGCAGAACAUUUUGUUCUAUUGUUAUUAAACAUUAAACACAGUUUUAGGGAGUCGACGUUAAUCCUUAAAUGACCUUCGUGGUUUUGGGUAUUUUGUAUGUGACGUCUGAGUUUAGACCAAAGUGCCAGCAAAAAUUCCUCCAGGUUUAAAUAUUUAACUGCCCUCUACUGACGUGACCUCUCUCUGUGCUACACACACGUAUGUACUCAGAUAUCUCAGAGUUUUUGGGUCACUAUUUAGUCAAAGUAUUCAAAACAGAAAAAUUAUUUUGGCUGUAAAACACAAGUUAUUGUCUAAGACUUAAGACUUGUUUUCAUCAUUGAAUCACCCCCAACACCUUUUAAUUCAUUUGAAUAUAAAACAUAUAAUACUUAACGUCACAGGGAUGUUGACAAUUUGUAUUUUUGUACAAACUGAUCAUAGAAACUGUACUUAGUGAAAGUAGCAAUACCAGAGGUAAAAAUACUGCAUCUAAGUGGUGUGUAAUACAUACUUAGAGUAUCAAAAGUACUAAUAAUAAUAUGCACGUGAUAUACACGUAGUGUACAGUCUAAGUACCUCACUAUUGUACUUGGAACGUGUAUCUGCUGUUGACAUAAAACCAGCCUGCAGUGGCAGACGCCCUCCAGCAGGCGGCGGGUGUUCAGCUACCAACAUUAGCUCCGAAGAAGAAGAGCAGCUAAUCCGGUGGAUAGCAAGUCGACAAUAAAUAAAAACAAAAAUUAACACGAUUUCUCAAUGGGGUUUGGCGCGUGUGACCUUUCAAAUCUGAAGGUUCCGACAUGUCAGCCGACACCAAGAUCGCCGAGCUGCUGACGGAGCUCCAUCAGCUCAUCAAGCAGACCCAGGAGGAGAGGUCACGCAGCGAACACAACCUGCUCAACAUCCAGAAGACGCACGAGAGGAUGCAAACGGAGAACAAAACGUCCCCGUACUACCGGACCAAGCUGAGAGGCCUGUACACCACGGCCAAGGCCGACGCAGAGGCCGAGUGCAGCAUCCUGCAUCACGCGCUGGAUAAAAUAGCCGAGAUCAAAUCUCUGCUGGAAGAGAGAAGGAUCGCCGCUAAGAUGGCGGGGGUCCACAGUGACAGCGACCCCCCCAGGAAGACCAUGAGGCGCGGCGUCCUGAUGACCCUCCUCCAGCAGUCGGCCAUGACGCUUCCUCUGUGGAUCGGCAAGCCUGGGGAGAGCCCCCCCCCUCUGUGUGGAGCGACCCCAGCCAGCAGCGACUACGUGGCCAAGCAGGGCGACAAGGUGGCGGCGAGGGUGAAGGCCGUGGACGGAGACGAGCAGUGGAUCCUGGCAGAGGUCGUCAGCUACAACCAUUCCACCAACAAGUACGAAGUGGACGACAUCGACGAAGAGGGAAAGGAGAGACACACCCUGAGCAGAAGGAGGAUCAUCCCCCUCCCUCAGUGGAAGGCGAACCCAGAGACCGACCCGGAGGCCCUCUUCAGUAAGGACCAGCUGGUUCUGGCUCUCUACCCGCAGACCACCUGCUUCUACCGGGCUCUGAUCCACACGCCUCCUCACAGGCCUCAGGACGACUACUCGGUGCUGUUUGAGGACACGUCCUACGCUGACGGGUAUUCCCCCCCCCUCAACGUGGCUCAGAGAUACGUGGUCGCCUGCAAGGAGAACAAGAAGAAGUGACAACAACGCCCAGCGCUCCCAUUUCGUGUUUUCUUCUUUUUGUAUAAAACAACAUGGCGACUCAACUCGGACGCUCAGGGGUUGAGUGUCGAUGGUUUGUGCACAUGGCAGAAGUCCACUGGUGUGUGUGUGUGUGUCGCUGUCGUGUUUACGUCUACGUGACGAUGGAGGUGCAACAAUGUUAUGAUGUGAUCGAACCAGACUCCCUUCGGAAAGUGUUAAAAGUGGUUUUCUUCUCGCGUUGAGGAGCCGAAAACAAAACGUCGACAUUCCAUCGUGUUUUUUUUAUUUUGAGCUCAACAGAGGACGUGAAGAGUUUAGUUUCUGAGCAGAAAAACCCGUUAUUUCUUCCACGUUUGAUGGCUGAGAUGAACAAUGGUGUCCUUGGAGAUAAAGAGAACAAUGAGACUCUGGAGGAAACGUGAGGAAUUAAGACUUUUACUCCUAAGUGGAAUCAGGAUGGUCUCCGGUGGAGGAGCUUGAUUCUCACACCAGCUUCCUGUCGAUGAACCGAGACGUUCUUCUUCUGUUGUUUUUAUUACAUGUGAUGAAACAAACACUUGAAAAAAAGAAGUGGUGAAAAAAAUGUUUCAAUGCUUCACUGUUUUAUUACACACACACACACACACACACACACACACAGGAACAGCUUCAGCACUUGCUACAUGUACUUAUUUUCUUUUCACUUUCUAUUUAUUUUUUAUAUUUUGUUAUAAAUUAAACUACAAAUAUAAUGA